UGCCUUGAACCGAAUGCGUCAAUAUAGCGAGGUCAAUAGUGAACAUAAUUAAGUAAUAUAGGAAUAGGCUAUAAAGUCACGCGCAUUGCAUAUGAAUUUUAUGAUGCGUCAGAGCAGGGAGGAUGCUUACUGACGUGAUCUGGGUUAAUCGUUCAAUAACAAAAUGUACAAAAUAAAACUUACAGUAGCCUAUUAGCUAUAAUAAGAAUAAAAAGGCACAGGCUAGUUUAUGUUAGAUUUGGAAAUGGCUUUAAAAUGUAAAAAAUAAAAAUAAAUGGCAGGAACUUUGCUAUUCAAAUUUCAUUAGAAAAACACACAUAAAAACAUUUGCAGAUAAUUUAACAGUAUAAAGCUACAUAGCAAAUUUCAUUUUACCUUAUUGAACUUAACAAUAUUGAUGUAUUGCGACAUUCUAUGAUAGAUGUACGAGCUGAAACGCAUUUGAUAGCUUAUCAGAGGUUUGACUUUACAAACGAAAUGAACACAAAACGAUGUAAUUAAGGAACAAAUUACAAAAUGCAGGAAAACUUGCGCCACUAGUCAGUAGCCUACUUACUGGUUGUUUUAACCACCCCAGCUGUUCCCUAAAACGACCCCAAAAUAUUUAAAUCAUGGACUAUUCACAGUCAUUUUAUUCCGUAUUUUAGCCAAAUGUAAUACCGUAAAACUGAGCGGCUAUCCGAGCAGCACGCACAGUGGGUUGCGAUCCUCUGACAAUCCUCUGGUGCCUGUUCCAGUGGGGGCGGAGCGGCGAAUAGGAGUAGAAAGUGAUUGGUUCGCUCUACUGUCAAUCAAACAUUUCCACCAAUGAACCCAAUGAGCUGUUAAAGGGGCGGGUUCAUAGGUACGCCUCCCCCCGAAGGUUGCACCGCCUACUGUGUGUGCGUAUUUUUUUUUUCUUUCUAUUUUUUUUUUUUGUAACCAAAGCUUGGAUGUGUAGGACGUCACAUGUUGUUUUUCCUCUUCACUCCAGUCACUUAGCGAUAUGUGUUAUUUACUGUUAAACCGCUCCUCGCAGCGAACGCGCACUCCGAGCCGGGUUCAUAAGAGAGUCUGACAGGAUUAUAACUGACUGACAGCACAAGUUACGGAAAAGUGAGAGUUUUUCUUCACAGCAUAUGAGAAUGGCGAGUCCGCCGCCAACGGGAGGACAGCUGAUUUCAAAUAUGACCGUGAAUUACAACAACCACGUUAAGAAAUGCGGCUAUCUGAGGAAACAGAAGCACGGACACAAGCGCUUUUUCGUGCUCAGGGAGCCGAGCGAGGGCUGUCGCGCCCGGCUGGAGUAUUACGAGAGCGAGAAGAAAUGGAAAAACAAGUCGGCUGCUAAACGGGUUAUACCUUUGGACUCGUGCCUGAACAUCAACAAGAGAGCCGAUGCCAAACACAAACACCUGAUCGCCCUUUACACCAAGGACGAGUAUUUUGCCGUGGCUACCGAAAACGAGCAGGAACAGGAGGACUGGUACUCGGUCUUAACGGAUUUAAUGAACGAGGGGAAAGUGAGCGACGGCUCCGCGUCUAAUUCGGCGUCAUCCCUCGUCGGCUUUGAUGAGGCGAACUACGGCGUGAUAACGCCCGUCUCCGCCACUUACAAGGAGGUUUGGCAGGUCAAUUUAAAAUCUAAAGGACUCGGACAGAGCAGGAACUUAACGGGCGUUUACAGGCUGUGUUUAACCAGCCGGACGAUCAGCUUCGUGAAACUCAACACGGAGGCGGCGUCGGUGAUUUUACAGCUGAUGAACAUCCGCCGAUGCGGACACUCGGACAGCUUCUUCUUCAUCGAGGUGGGCCGGUCCGCGUCGAUCGGACCUGGCGAGUUGUGGAUGCAGGCGGAUGACUCGGUGGUGGCGCAAAACAUUCACGAGACUAUUUUGGAGGCGAUGAAAGCCAUGAAAGAGAUGUCAGAGUUCCGCCCGCGCAGCAAAAGCCAGUCCUCAGGUACUAACCCAAUCUCUGUGCCCACCAGGCGGCACUUUAACAACCUCCCGCCGAGUCAGACCGGGCUGCAGCGGCGCUCGCGCACCGACAGCAUGGCAGCGACGUCUCCCGUGACGAAACUGACAUCCUGUAGGAUCCGCACGGCCAGCGAGGGUGACGGCACCACAGGCAGCCCCAUCAGCCCAGGCGUGAACAGGACGCAUUUGAGCCGCUCCAACACAGUGACAGCUCGCCCAUGCAGAACAUUCGAGUCGUCAUCCCUGCAGCAUAGCAAAUCCAUGUGCAUGCCUGUGUCUCACACCCCUCCCUCAGCUCCCAGCCCUGUCAGCCUGUCCUGCAGCAGUAACAUGGAAAGCGGCCCUCGCCCCUCCAGCUGCACCGCUUCCAUUUCGGGCUCCCCCAGCGAUGCUGGCUUUAUCUCCUGCGAUGAGUGUGGCUCCAGCCCGGGUGAUAUACGGUACCUUUUAGCAAUAAACCGAAGCAACACACCUGAGUCACUUGCUGACACACCCCCCUCACAGGAGGACAGCAACCUGCACGGAUACAUGAUUAUGGAGAGGCCAAACAUUUGUGGACGGCGAAGCGUCCGGGCAGCAGCUGAGGAAGGCAAAGGAGAUUUGGAGAAUGCCUACAGGAAGAGGACACACUCUCUCACCAUGCCUUACCAGAAGAGGGUGCCAUCACAAGUGUCCUCAGCUUCACUGGAUGAAUACACGCUCAUGAGAGCCACUUAUACAACUGGAGGCCAUUCGGGGCGCAGCUCUCACACUGCAUCCCCAAAGGUCACAUAUCCUGAGGAUUACGGGGACAUUGAAAUCGGAUGGUUACUGAAAAGUUCCAGCAGUAAUCUGGGCGACGAUGGCUACAUGCCAAUGACACCAGGUGUGGCUCCGCAAGGGGGGAAGGCUGACAACUACAUGCCUAUGAGCCCAAUGUGCGUUUCUGCUCCGAAGCAGAUAAUCAACCCCAGGAUGCACCCCCUCGCUAUAGCUAAUGGUUACAGAACCAAUUCCCCCAGCAGCUGUUCUCUGGAUGACAGUGGCUACAUAAGGAUUCUGUGCGGCUCUAAGUUCUCCAUUGACAGCUCAGAUGGGAAACUGAUGAAUGGUGAGUACCUCAACAUGUCCCCUGUAGAUUCGGUCACGCCACCAGACUACUACCUGAGCCCUGUGGGUAUGGAGCAAUCUCCCUGUCUCCGACAGCUUCAUUCGUUUAACUCUCUGCCCCGCUGUCAUAAGCCCCAGCAGGCUCUAAAGGAUGCGGACAAUGAUCAGUAUGUUGUCAUGAAUCCUCAAAAUCACAGAAUAAUAGAGGAGUCAGUAAGCACAGCAUCCUCCCCUGCCCCAUCACCUAUAAGACAAAGCCGCACAGACAGCCUCAUCCUCCGGCACAGGAUCAGCCGGCCCACCCGCCUCUCCCUGGACAUGUUCCGAACAUUACCUAGUAUGAAUGAGCAUCCCCUCCCCCCUGAGCCAAAAAGUCCUGGUGAGUACAUAAACAUAGACUUUGGACAUGUUGCUGAAAGUUGCACUCCACCCUCCACUGCUUCCUCCGAGAGCCUAGUCUCAUCCCUCGGAUCAUCCGCUGAUCACAGGACAUCCCCCCUCUCUGAUUACAUGAACAUUAAUGUGAGUUUGCAGUCACCCAAAUCUGGAAAUGCUGCUCCAUCUAAUCGUUUGGAGCCACUUCCAGAGCUCACACCCUGCCCCGCCCACCCUGAGGAAGAGCAGGAAGAUGAAAGGUACCACCUCACUGCACAGGUGGCACCAGUGGGCCCGGUUGACAAAGCUAAAGACGAUUACACGGAGAUGACAUUCGGCGUGCCCGCUUCCCCUCCGCAGCCUGUCUCGCAGCCCUCAGAAGGUGGGCAGACCAUCAACCCAUCCUUCUGCAUGCAGAGGCUGACCAUGGAAGAGACUGUGGGAGUGCCUGCCGUUGAGGCUUUUCUGCUGCGUGGCACCACUCUGGCCUUGGUGGACCCUGACCGAGGUGCCAAGGUGAUUCGUGCCGACCCCCAGGGACGCAGGCGGCACAGUUCAGAGACAUUCUCCUCAACCACCACUGUAACACCAGUUUUUCCCUCCUUUGCACAUGACACCAGGCGGCACGGUUCGGCCUCCGUGGAGAACGUGUCUGUUUCUGUGAGGAACAGCGAAGGAUCGGAUGAAGAGUAUAACAGUCCCAUGUGCAGGGAGACGUCGGCUGGCUUUCAGAAUGGACUUAACUACAUUGCCUUAAACUUGAUGGAUGGAGGACUUGCCAGCUGUGAUUCUGUUGUCCGGUUCAAAGCUACCAGCUGCUGUAAAGAGGGCAUCAAUGGAAUACACGCCAGUCCGUAUGCCAGCCUUGGGUUCAAGGAGACGGCAACAACAGUAAAAGACUAAACAGAGCCAGUCUCUUCAUUAAAGCUCCUUCAUCUCCAUCGAGAGGAGAAGAGGAGGUGCUCAUGUGGACAGAUGGACCACGUUGCUGCUGCUGCUGCUUCUUCAGCUCUUUGCUGAUCCUUGACCUCCCGAAUCCAUUCGAAUGACCGUCGUCACAGCAACACGGACACUUGACCCCAGCGCGAGGCAUGACGAUGACUCAAAGACACAAAGGCGGGACUUCCUGUCCAUCUGUUACUCACUACAAUCCCUUCCCUCAGUUUUUGUGUUAUGGACCUUUUUCACUGGUUUUGUUACGAGUUCUGGACUUCGAGUGGCCAGUGUCCCUCAACCCCCCCCAAAACCUGUGAACCAAACACGAGGAGAGACAUUCGAUCCGCACACGCACGCAUAUACAAGUCGCAUAUUUAUUUACCCCCGCGGAGGCGGCGGCGGCGUGCAUGCGUGCGUGUGUUCGUAACACCGCACAGAGGUGGCAUUUCAGAAAUUUACUCAACAAUUGGAAAUCAGAAAAAGCAGUCACUUGGAAACCCUACCUCAGAACGAGCCAGGUUAUGACUUACAAAAAGAUAUAUAUUGAGAAAUUAAUUUAUUUUUUACAAGUGAAUGUUUUCGUAAAAAA